GCAUGGUUCAAGAUGGCUGCUAGUUUAGGUAAUAAAACUCAGGUGAAGCGGCAUAAAUGGUCUUUCGCCUGUUCUCAGAGGCGAACUGACAGGAUUACAGAGCUGGCUUCUCCACCUGGGUACAGCUCAUCAUUAGGACAGGGCCAUGCUGAAGCCAGCAGAGAGACAGAGGCAAACCUCAUUGUUAAGAAAUCCUGGGAUGUGGCUUUGGCCCCCUGGAAGCAGGUUCCAAUGAACUUGUUUAUCAUGUACAUGGCAGGGAAUUCUAUUUCCAUCUUUCCCAUCAUGAUGGUUGGGAUGCUGUUUCUGAGACCUGUCAAGGCACUGCUUACCAUCCAGUCAACUUUCAAAAUGAUUGAGGGAGGCCAAGCGAUUCUUCAAAAAAUAGUGUACCUUUUUGGCAACCUGGCAUGCUUGGCUUUGGCUCUGUACAAAUGUUCUUCAAUGGGUCUUCUGCCAACACAUGCAUCUGAUUGGUUAGACUUUGUAGAGCCUCUUCAGAGGAUUGAACACUCUGGUGGAGGUAUCAUUCUCUCCUGAGCCAUGACAGUCAUCAAGAACUGGUCUAAGUCGUGAAAAAAAAAAGAAAAAAAGAUGAAGGGCCCUGAUGCUGGGACCUGAUGUCAGUUUUUUUAUAUAAUUAUUUUCCUGUGUUUUGGCUAACUUUGGUCAUGUUUGUGUAGAUACAUCAGCAGUUCUGCCUCCAUUUCUCUUUUGUGCAUUGUAGUGUUCUGAACCUGUACCAUCGACAAUUUGGUAAAGUGUUACAUUGCUUGGGGGUGCCUUUAGGGUUAGCCUGCAUUUUCAAGUGGGCUAGAGGGCCAUGGAAUAAACAUUCACUGUGUAGCCCUUUCCACGUUCUGCUUAUGCCUCCAUUGCAUACAUUGUUUUUUUUUUCUGUGAACAUGAUCAUUGUUUCUUUUACUUGUUAUAACAUAGUGUAGCUUGCUUCAUGGUUUGGUAUUGAUCCACAGAAAACACAGCUGAUAGCAAUGUUGGUAUUUCUACCUUUAUACACGUCUAGCUGAUGCUUAGAGCACAGAACUGAUGCUGCACGCAAGCACAUGAGUUGACACACUCUAAGGUCUAUCCUGCUAUGCUUCGGUAGGUUGUGAAAAUGAAUGUCAAAGCAGGCGGUGAAGUGCUGGUUAGAUUGUUAAUUCAAUGUUUGUGUUGUUCAUUUUGUAUAGUUGUCAUGUUUAAGGAGGCAUUAAAGCUUUUUUUUUUUUUUUUUUUACA